AUGUCGAGCUGGCUGUACCAAUUCUGGCUGUUUGCCUUUGCGACAUCCAAACACUGGGGUCAAGAACCACGGACCUGGGCUAGGCACAACCUAGACUUUGACACUUAUGAAGGUCUCUGCAGCUCCCCAUCUGCAGCAUCUCCGACUCUGUUCAUUGAUUCGCCUUCAGAUGUGGAGUCCACGAAGAAACUCCAGAGGUUCGAAGACCGCCACAACGUUGCCGUUGGUCUAUCCAUAUUGAUGAAGCAUACGAAGUCGAGUUCGACGACGACAUCAGCAAUCCAAAUCCUGAAAGCCCUCCAGCAUCCCCCCUGGGAGAGCAGCUGA